CAAUGAACUGAUAGUGCAACUAUAAACAUGCUGAUAUUGUAAUAUCUAAAGUCAAAUAAACAAUGAAUAAACAAUUUUCAAGAUAUAAAUAAAUUAUAGGCAAUUCUUUUUAUUAGACAUUACUUUUAUUAGUUAAACGUUGUUAUGCCUUCUCGGUCGAAUUAUGUGCCCGUUUCUUCCUUAGGGAUUAUAGCCCCUCCUACAAGGGGUUCUUCUUUAACGACUGACCUAUGGUUAGAGGAGAAACAGAACAUUGAUGGUGCAGAAGGAUUAUGGAGGAUACACGAUGAACUUUACGAUUUAACAGAAUUUGUGGAGAGACAUCCCGGUGGAUCAGAAUGGUUAGAGUUGACGAAAGGAAUUGAUAUUACUGAAGCUUUUGAAGUCCACCACCUUUCAGUCCUGCCCGAAGAAAUGUUGAAAAAGUUUUUCGUUAGAAAAGCAACAACCAAACGCAAUUCUCCAUUUACAUUUGAAGAAAAUGGUUUUUACAAGACUUUAAAGAAGGAAAUCCGUCCAACUUUGAAACAUUUACCAAAACAAUCUGUGAACAAUACGAACUUCUUCUGUGAUUCCAUGGUGUUUAUUUUGUUCUUUUUGUCAACGUUAGCUACGUAUUAUUGGAAUUUUUGGCUAGCAGCAGUAGCUGGACUGAUUUUAGGAAUGCUUACAAUCGCUACACAUAAUUAUUUACACAUGAAGAAUAAUUAUAGAAUGUAUUAUUUUCAGUUUUCAAUGUUACAAGUGAGAGAAUGGAGAAUAAGUCACGCUUUAAGUCACCACCUAUUGACCAAUACAAUAGCUGAUUUGGAAAUAUCAAUGAUGGAACCUCUUUUGUUUUACUUACCAGGAGCUAAGACGCUAAAGCAAAAAAUUAUAUCAGUUAUUGGUUCACCAAUACUCUGGAUGCUUUUCUUUCACUUGCCAUUAUUACGAAGGUUAACAACUGCCCACAAAUGUAACUACAAAAAUCUAAAGCUUACAGAUUUGACUGGAUUAUCUCUGCCUGCAUUUAUGUACUUUUUUGGAGGACAAUCAUUAGGAAGCGUACUUUUAAUGUGGAAUUUUAUAUUGGUCAUUGGAGCUUUUUAUAUGGGUUUUAUUGGACAAAACGGUGCUCAUCACCAUCCAGAUAUAUUCCAUGAUGGAGAUAAUCCAAGAGCCAAAGAAAACUACGAUUGGGGAUUGAGUCAAUUAGACUCGAUAAUGGAUCACAAAGAGGUCUGCGGUAACCACUUUUUAGUGUUAAUUCAUUUUGGAGAUCAUUGCCUGCAUCAUUUGUUCCCAACAUUGGAUCAUGGAACUUUGGAGCACCUUUAUCCGAUUUUCGAAGAGGUUCUCAAAAAGUUUGAUGCUAAUUUAAGAUUUGUCACUCAAUGGGAUACUAUUUGUGGCAACUUUAGGCAGAUGACGAGAAACGAAGCCAAUCCGAAUCCACCAGACUUGCAUAAAUACAAAAUAAAGAAAAAACACUAAUAA